GAUGGAUGAACACACAUGUCUACUUGGAGGGUAAUGGAAGUGGCACUUGUAAGUUUUGAGAAUUCUGCAGUAAUGAACUUGGGUGAGCUGGGUGACCCGAAUUACCAUAACUAUCCCAGUGAAAUAACUGGGCACACUAAUUCCAGCAUUUCAGACAAUAGACAAAAUUAUGGAAUCCACAGUCUUCACAAAGAACAGCAUCAAGGGCCACAAACUCAGCCGACUUAUGUGUCAAGGAAGGGGCGUCCAAGCUGUGCCAGCCUACUUUCCAACUGGAAGCUCCUGCUCAAUACUGAAGGGGCACAUAGUGAGACGGUGUUCAGUAAACUGGCAAAUGAAUGUGGAGAUGAUCUGCUGAAAGAUCUUGGUGGAAUGGCCGAAGGAGAUCAGAAGGUAAUCAUCAAUAUUGCUGGCCUCCGGUUUGAAACACAGCUCAAGACGCUGGAUCAGUUCCCUGAUACCCUAUUGGGAGAUCCACAAAAAAGGAUGGAAUAUUUCGACCCCAUGAGAAACGAGUACUUUUUUGAUCGCAAUCGCCCCAGCUUUGAUGGAAUUCUAUAUUAUUAUCAAUCUGGAGGAAAGGUCAGAAGGCCAGCCAAUGUGCCCAUUGAUGUUUUUGCAGAUGAAAUUAUAUUUUAUGAGCUGGGCACUGAGGCCAUGGAACAAUUUCGAGAAGAUGAGGGCUUCAUCAAAGAGGUGGAAGUACCAUUACCUUCUAACGAGAUUCAUCGACAGUUCUGGUUGCUGUUCGAAUACCCUGAGAGUUCGAAUGCUGCGAGAGGCAUUGCUCUGGUUUCCAUUUUUGUCAUUGUGGUGUCCAUUAUCAUAUUCUGCCUGGAAACUCUGCCAGAGUUCCGGGAUGAUCGAGACUACCUAGUAGAGGAUCCUGAUUUGUUCAACUUGACUGAGGAUGAUUCUUUCGAGACCACGGCUCCCCCUAUGCCGUCUCAAAGAUCCCCAAGAUCCACUGCUUUUUCAGACCCUUUUUUUGUCAUUGAGACAGCAUGCAUUGUUUGGUUUUUCUUUGAGCUUUCUGUCCGCUUUUUUGUCUGCCCAAGUAAGCAAGAGUUUUUCCGCAACAUUAUGAACAUCAUUGAUGUCGUCUCAAUCAUCCCCUAUUUUGUCACACUCAUCACAGAACUGGUGGCAACCCCAGAACCCAGUUCAGGCCAGACUAUGUCACUUGCAAUCUUACGGAUAAUAAGACUUGUAAGGGUGUUUAGGAUCUUUAAACUCUCUCGUCACUCAAAGGGCCUUCAAAUUUUGGGACAGACAUUGAAAGCUAGCAUGCGGGAACUUGGCCUUUUGAUAUUCUUCCUUUUCAUUGGGGUUAUACUGUUCUCUAGUGCUGUCUACUUCGCCGAAGUGGAUGAACCUCAAACCCAGUUUACAAGCAUCCCAGAUGGGUUCUGGUGGGCUGUUGUUACUAUGACAACUGUAGGUUACGGAGAUAUGUGUCCAAUCACCCUCGGAGGUAAACUCGUUGGAACACUGUGUGCAAUUGCUGGGGUCUUGACUAUCGCUCUUCCUGUUCCUGUCAUUGUAUCCAACUUCAAUUACUUCUACCACAGGGAAACUGACAACGAGGAAAAGCAAGCAUUGCCGGCAGAAGGGGAAAGUAAUUUGAAAUCUGGCAAUGCAGUAAAAAGUGGCAGCACUAGCUCCCUGAAUAAGACCAAUGGACUUUGGGGAAAUGAAAAAGCAAAAAAUAACAAACGGUGAUCUACCAUGAAGAAUUUGUUGUAAUGCGAUCUGAGGGAGCUGUACUUUUCAUAUUGAUCAUUCAGGUUUUCUUUAUUUAGGAAACAAGAACACAAAAACAGAGAGUUUAUUGGUCAUUUUUACUUUGAACAUCAGUUUCAUGUUGUUGUUGGUGAUCAUCUACCUGCAUCUCAAUUAGAAUCGACUCUUACAGCAAUUCACUUUAGUCCAAUCACAAAAAAGCAACGUUCAUUAGAAUCUGGACUAAUGGACAUUCCUCAUAAGUAUGAAUUGGACAUAUUCAGGAAUGAAAGAUUUCCAAUAAUGGUGUUGCAUUUCUACCUUUGAACAAUUUUUUGUAUUUAUGUGCUCCUAGUUAAGUGAUUGUGGGUAUGAAAAGUAAGCUACAAUAAU